UUCCAAAGUUUCAAUCUGUGGCUUUCAUUGACCAACACGUUACCCUAGCAUCCCUUGCGUAAACAAUGACUAUGAAUGCCGAGAAGAGGAAAGCAGAGGAAGUGGGAAACCCUCUCUCUAUCUUUAUCUAAAAUCCUCGAAGCGACUAAUAAAUGAAUUAGGUGCAGAGGAAGCGAUUCGAUCGAAACAAGCUCUUCCUUUUGGGGAUUUUAUUGAAUUAGGGUUGGUAGAUCGAUCGAUCGAUCCGAUCGAUGCUGUAUGAACAGCAAACGGUUGUUGAAAGAGGAAAUUAGGGUAGAGAUAGAUAGAUAGGAGCGAGAGAGAGAGCGGGCGAGAGAAGAGAAGAAGAAGAGAAGAGAAAAAGAAACUAUGUCUGCCAUAGUGUGCGGGAAGAGAUCCUUUUUCGAAGAAUUGACAGUGACAAGCCCUCCCGUUUCCAAGAGAAUCCGCUGUUCCUCUUCCUCUCCUGUUCGUUUCUCUCCUCCAAGGUCAUAUAACGCUGUUUAUAUUUCCUCCCCCCCGUCCAAUAUAUCUUCUUCGCCUUUGAUCGAGAAACUCCUUGCUCUUUUCCCUGAUAUGGACAAACAGAUUCUUGAGAGAGCACUCGAAGAAUGUGGCGAUGAUUUAGAUUCAGCUAUCAGAAGUUUGAAUGAGCUUCGUUUAGGUUCUGCUGAUAAUAACUUGGGUUCUAAUUUAGUUAGAUCUGAUGCAAUCCUUGAGAAUAAUGUUCAACAAGAAGGCGUAUCAACAAAUAAUACAGAAGCUUCACCAACAGAUGAUCCAUCAGCUCCAGUACAACUUGCAAUGGAUGGGCCAGAGUGGGUAGAGCUAUUUGUUAGGGAAAUGAUGAGUGCCUCCAACAUGGAUGAUGCUAGGGCUCGUGCUGCAAGAGCACUGGAAGUUCUGGAGAAGUCCAUCUGUGCUCGUGCUGGAGCAGAGGCGGCCAAAAGUUUUCAGCAGGAAAAUAUGAUGUUGAAGGAGCAAGUGCAAGCACUGAUUCAGGAAAAUGCAAUUCUCAAGAGAGCCGUAUCUAUUCAGCAUGAGCGUCAAAAAGAGUUUGAAGAUAAGAAUCAGGAGUUGCAGCAUCUGAAGCAACUGGUGUCCCAAUACCAGGAACAGUUGAGAGCCUUGGAGGUGAACAACUAUGCAUUGACAAUGCACCUGAAGCAGGCUCAGCAAAGCAGCUCAAUCCCAGGCCGAUUCCACCCAGAUGUCUUCUAGCUAAAACCCUCGUCAAUCAUGGAAUAGUAUGAGAAUUUAUUGGAGUGCUAGUAUUUGCAUUGAUUUGGUGGUCCACUGCAAACAUGGAUUUUUAUUUUCCCUUGUGCUGUCAACUGAUGGCAGACUGCAUUUGAAAGACCAAUUUAGGCUCUUUCAAAUACACUUGCCGUUUAUAUUUUCCGAAUUUAGUUUUAAAUAUAUGCUUUACCUUAACCAAACUUGUAGGUUGCACAUGCAAAUGAAAAAUAAUUUAUAUGCA